ACCAGUGGAAUAGCAGCCGAAGCAGUAGAAGCACAAGAGCAGGCAGGCCUGAUCCAUGCCUUUCAAGAUACUGCGUCCAUCACAUCUGUCACUAUGCUGUCAGCCAAGGCACAGCGCAUGCUAAAGCUGAGAGUUCUAGACCAGGCUCUCAGCAAGGAGGAGAGUGGAAUAAAAGCAUGUCAAUCAUGUAAGGCUGCAGACAUUCACUUCCCGUGCACUCUUUCUCAAGAAGCUACUGGAAGACCACAGAACGAGGAGGAUGUGGUGUCCAGGAAAGGAGAUGAUGUACCGAAGAGCGGAUCAGAGGGAAAUCCUGGAAGGUGA